AUGGGUCUCUCAAAGACGAACAGGAUCUUGAUCCUGCUGGUCAUUGACACCGCGUUCUUCCUUCUCGAACUGAUCACUGGUUACGCCGUUCACUCCCUCGCCCUUGUUGCCGACUCCUUCCACAUGUUGAACGAUGUUCUAUCUCUCUGUGUAGGAUUGUGGGCCGUCAAGGUCGCAAACCGCGAAACCACGUCCAACACAUACACAUAUGGCUGGCAACGAGCCGAAACUCUUGGAGCCUUGGUCAAUGGCGUCUUCCUCGUCGCCUUGUGCAUGUCGAUUUUCCUAGAGGCGACUCAGCGAUUGGUGGAGCCGCAGGAAGUGCAAAACCCCCGUUUCGUCUGCAUUGUUGGCUGCUUCGGACUGGCCUCCAACCUAAUUGGCCUGGUUCUCUUCCACGACCACUCCCACGGACAUGGCGGGGGCCAUGACCACGGCCACGACCACGAUCACGACGAGGAGCACGCCAUCGAGGGAGGAUACAGUGAUCACGACCACGAUCAUGACCACGACCACGACCACAGCCACAGCCCCGUCGCGGUACCGGAAUCCGAGGCUACACUCGUCCAAUCUACCACAGAGCCUGGCUCUCCCAUGUCGCGCAAACGCCGCGACACCCAAACCCGUAGCUCCAGGGGCUACAGCGCUCCCAACGGACGUGGCUUCGUCAGUGCCGAGGACAUUCCAGUGCUUCCAGAGCGACUCAGACAAGGAAUUAUUGCGGCCAGUCAAUAUCGCAGCGAGCAAUCAUCGGAUUCGGAGGGUCGCGAGGAUGACGAUAUCCCGUCUGAACGAUCGGGCCUGCUUCGCCACCGGGACCAUGCUACAAAUUACACCGACGAGGGCGUGCCGGCCAGAGUUCACGACCACCGGGACGAGGACGUUCACAAAUCGCACAAUCACGCGCAACCUAAGUCAAAGGAUCAGAAGAAGGGCCACAGCCACGACCUCAACAUGCGUGGUGUCUUCCUCCACGUCAUGGGCGAUGCGCUUGGAAACAUUGGUGUCAUCGUUUCAGCUCUCAUCAUCUGGUUGACCGACUACGAAUGGCGCUACUAUGUUGACCCCGGUAUCUCCCUCGUGAUCACCUUGAUUAUUCUUGCUUCCGCUAUUCCCUUGUGCAAGGCCGCAUCGCGCAUCCUGCUCCAGGCCGUGCCCCCCGGAAUGAGCAUCGACCACAUCAAGGAAGAUAUCGAGCGACUUCCCGGUGUUAUCGGAUCUCACCAUCUGCAUGUUUGGCAAUUGAGUGACACCAAGAUCGUGGCAUCAAUUCACCUCCAGGUCGACACCGAGAUCAAGGGCGAAGGCUCGGAGCGAUACAUGCGUCUCGCCAGACAGGUGCGACGUUGUCUCCAUGCCUAUGGCAUCCAUUCCUCCACCAUUCAACCCGAAUUUGCGCCUGAGAGUGACGUCGAAGACAAUGCCCAGGCCGGCUCUUCCCGUGGCACUGAGGAUCUCCCCAGUCGUGCUCCCAGUGUCCGGGACGGUGACUCUCAAGCCUGCCUCCUUGAGUGUGACGAAAACUGCGCUCGCGGAGGCCAGUGUUGCCCCAAAAAGUGA